UUUUCCACUGUAUUCAUGUUGGGGCAAGGCUGUCAGGUAAUUUAUUCUGGCCUGUCUAAACUGUGACAUACAUAAUUUUGUGAGACUGGGUAUAGGAAUCUCAGGGGACAACUAGUGCACAUGCAAACCAGUCUCAAGAAGAGAUCCAAUAGAUAUACGGUCAUAGUGAAGAGCUUCGACAGGCAAGAGAUCUUCUCUUGUUCAUCUGACUGUUAUAAAUCAGGACUGGGUGGUGAGAAAUGUGAUUGUUACACCUCCUUGCCAGUACACUUUCUGAACCAAUUUGUUGAAUGAAACCUACACAACCUCAUCUUCCUGAAACGGAAGAAAUAGAAUAGCUUUUAUUAGCAAAAGGGUAGAUAUGUUUUUGCCCUUCAAGACCAUCUAUUGGCCUUCAGACUUUUUCUGUAGCUGCAUAAAGGCAUUGCAUUAGAGGUCAAAAGUUUGAAUCCCACAUACUGUUGAAAAAAUGCACAGCUUGAACGCAAUGUAAAACACUUUGGAUAAAAAGGUCUGGCAUGCAUAAUAGCAGUCUAUAAGGAUGUUGUUUUACAGAAGUACUUUUAGAUUAGAUUAUUAAUAAAAAGAAUAAAGUUCAGAAACUUAACACAAUUUAAACAUAGCCAAAGCACAUCUUCAUGCAUUAAAUGCCAGGGCUUGUUGUGGUCUGAGGUCUCAUUCUGGCAUUGAAAGGGUUAAACGCAUGAAGCACACUGUGCAAUAAUCUGCACUAUUCCGGCGCCAGUCGAACAGUUUACCGCAACAAUUUCACUACGUGACGUUUUUAAACUGGAAUAUCUGGCAACCGUUUAAUCGCUUAUUCCUUUUUUAAUUCAGUUUGCGCGUGACGGUCUCCAUCGCGAUCCUGUGAUCAAACACAGAAAGGAACACAAAUGUAGAUGCAAAAUUAUAAUGAGUUCAAAUGAUCGGACCUCCGUUAAAUUGAUCUGAAGACAGUAGACAUUUUGUGCUUUACAGUAACUUCGCGUAUGGGUGGCCGCGGACUUUAUGGAGAGCGCUUAAAACUUGAUUUAAAUCUUAAUUAUUUCACACUGAUAAUAUUUUGUCUGUAAAAGCAUUUGAGAUGAAAAACAAGUGUUUGGAGGCGCGUUGGACAUGUGAACUGGCGGCGAUCACUCGGAAGCCUGUUGGAGAGGAGCGCAACUUUGCUGCGUCUAGGGCAUUUCCCGGUCAUCCAUCAUCUAUCCAGCGCUGUGCAGGAACCUCCGGGCGAACAGGUGGACGCCGUUCCCGACGUUUCCAGAGCUCACCCGAGGCUUGUCUGGAGUAAUGACGGGCUCUUUGAUGCGGGGUGCGCUGGGCAGGUUGGUGUGGCUCUCCUUAUUUGCGCCGAACGCGUUAAUGAUGAUUCUUCUGGCUCGAGCAUCACUCGCGCAUCCCCAACCAUGUCAGAUUUUGAAGAGAAUCGGACAUACGGUGAGAGUCGGAGCCCUGCAACUUCAACCUCGAGUUUUCAAGCAGAAUCCCCAUAGGGAUAGAGAUCUGGACAGGGACAUAGGCAGAGAAACUGGAGACGAGUGGGACAUCGUUAUUCAAAGUGGACUUGACCAUGACUGGAGGGGCAUUAGGACUAAAAGCUCAGCGCAUAACCCCAACAGGGCUUCAAAAAGUAAAACAACACUCAAACAAGUGGACGCGGAGGUCGCGUUUCUACCAAGAGACGCUGUUAUAUUCGCUAUGGAGACCCUGAAUCGGAUGGCGGGGCUUUUACCCUACAAUCUGAGCUUGGAUAUAGUCAUGGCUGUUGAAGCAGGACUUGGAGAAUUACCUGCUUUCUCGUUUUCCUCCUCAUCUACACCAGCCUGUGCAGAUCCCGCGUCGUUCCUACAAAGCGUUUGCAACACUGUUAUCGUACAAGGAGUUUCUGCCAUCAUCGCGUUCCCGCAAAACAGGGACGAAUUGCUGAAGAUGGAGUUUAUUUCGUCAACGUUACACAUUCCAGUCGUCAGUGUCGUGCAGAAUGAGUUCAAACGCCACAGUCAGAACUCGCUCCAUUUCCAGAUGGCCAUGCAAAAUCCUCAAACUCCUGAAGCUGACCUCAUCUUCUCCCUGCUGUCCAUGAACAACUGGUAUGACGUCAGUUUAGUAAUGUGUCAAGAGAUGAACAUAUCCGACUUUGUCUUCUUGCUCCGCAACAACUCGAAAUUUAAUCUGGGGACUGUUAUCAAGAUUUCCACCAGCAUUUACAAUAGCAGUUCCAAAACUGACUUUCAGACUUACCUGCAAGGUCAACUGGAGUCCAUCAAGGACUCAACUUCUACAGUAGUGACCUUUGGAUGUGACAUACGGGAUAUACGGAGACUUUUUGCUACCGUUGCAAAGUUUGGUCAGAUAAUUCCUGAUUACCACUGGGUUUUAGGUGACUCUCAGAAUGUGGAGGAGUUACAGACAGAGGGACUGCCAAUGGGUCUUCUGGCGCAUGGUCGUAUGAGUGAACCCUCGCUGGAUUAUUACGUCCAGGAUGCUUUGGAGUUUGUGGCCAGAGCGGUGGGGUCUGCCGCUACUGUGUCUCCAGAGCUGGCAUUGAUACCUGGCAUCACAAACUGUCUGGCGACAGAGACUAAAAAUCUCACAUCAGGAAAAUUUCUGGCCAGGUUCAUGGCUGAUGUGGCAUUUGAUGGCCUGAGUGGCUACAUCAGUGUUCAAGAGGAUUCUUCUAUUAUCUCUGACAGCCAUCACUUCAUAUGGAAUCUACAACACGAUCCAAUAGGCAAACCCAUGUGGACACGUCUUGGCAGCUGGAAGGAAAAUAAAGUGGUCAUGGAUUACGGAGUUUGGCCAAAUAAAAGACGAUCCCAGCCAGGGGCAGACUGGCGGCAUUCCUCUCGUCUACACUUACGUGUGGUCACCUUGGUCGAGCACCCGUUUGUCUUCACCCGUGAUGUCGAUGAAGAUGGUUUGUGCCCGGCUGGCCAGUUGUGCCUUGACCCCCUUACAAAUGAUACAGCAUUGUUAGAAAAUCUUUUUCAGGGUUUGCAAGGUGCCAACGACACAGUGCCCACGGAGUUAAAAAAAUGUUGCUACGGUUAUUGCAUUGAUCUUCUAGAAAAGUUGGCGGAGGACAUGGAGUUUGAUUUCGACCUCUACAUUGUGGGAGAUGGAAAAUAUGGUGCUUACAAGGGCGGUCGCUGGACAGGUCUGGUUGGGGACCUCAUGAGUGGGGCGGCACACCUGGCGGUCACUUCCUUCAGUAUCAACUCAGCACGCAGUCAGGUCAUUGACUUUACCAGCCCCUUCUUCUCUACCAGUCUGGGAAUCCUAGUCAGGACUAGAGAUACAGCCGCACCAAUUGGUGCCUUCAUGUGGCCUCUGCAUUGGAGUAUGUGGCUAGGAAUAUUUGUGUCUUUACACGUGACCGCUGUGUUUCUGACAUUGUAUGAGUGGAAAAGCCCUUUCGGAAUGACCCCGAGGGGAAGGAACAGAGACAGAGUCUUCUCUUUUUCCUCAGCGCUAAACGUUUGCUACGCAAUCUUAUUUGGCAGGACUGCCUCUAUUAAGCCGCCAAAGUGUUGGACUGGCAGGUUCCUCAUGAACCUCUGGGCCAUAUUCUGUUUGUUCUGCUUGUCGACCUACACAGCUAAUCUUGCUGCUGUAAUGGUUGGCGAGAAAACCUACGAGCAGCUCUCAGGUAUUCAUGAUCCCAAGCUCCAUCAUCCAUCACAAGGGUUCCGCUUUGGGACAGUUCGGGAAAGCAGCGCUGAGGAUUAUGUGAAGAAAAGCUUUCCGGAGAUGCAUGAGUACAUGAGGCGAUAUAAUGUCCCUACAACCCCUGAUGGGAUAGAUCACCUUAAGGACGAUCCUCAAAAACUAGAUGCUUUUAUAAUGGACAAAGCUCUCUUGGACUAUGAAGUGUCUAUUGAUGCAGACUGCAAGAUGCUGACUGUAGGAAAGCCUUUUGCAAUUGAAGGCUAUGGUAUCGGAUUGAAACAGAAUUCACCUUUGACUUCAAACAUCUCUGAAUUGGUCAGUCAAUAUAAAUCAGAUGGAUUUAUGGAUAUGUUGCAUGAUAAGUGGUACAAGGUGGUCCCAUGUGGUAAAAGAAGCUUUGCUGUGACAAAGACUUUACAGAUGGGGAUAAAGCACUUCUCAGGAUUAUUUGUCAUGCUAUGCAUUGGAGUCGCCCUUUCUCUCCUCACCACAUUGGGUGAACACAUUGUCCACCGUUGGGUGAUACCCAGGUUGCAGAACUCAUCCCAGCAUACAUACUGGCUUCACACUAGUCAGAGAUUACAUCGAGCACUUAAUCCGACUUUCAAAGAGGACAAACUACAGACAGUUGCAAAACAAGAGAAAAGCUGUUAUGUUGAAAACAACCAGCAAAUGCCAUGGAACUCUUUGGAAACAUCCAACUGCUGUCAGAGGAAACUCUCCAAUCAAGAAGGGCAACAAAAUGACCUGGAAUGUUUACAGUGCAAAGAGCUCUUGCUCCAUCACGAAAAGAGACCCCUUCCCAUACAGACCACCUCUAAUGGAAGAACAGACCAGCACAGCCUCGCCCAAAACCCAAUAGUACAGGAACUGACAGACCUGGAAACACAAAUCGAGGUCAUUAAAAAACAACUGCAGCUUGCCAUAAAGAAGAAAAAAGAGCUGGAGCAGUAUCAAAAAAACAAGACUUCAACUAAGGCCUAAAGUUUUGAGAAAUCUUUAUAUGGCUGGAGUUUUAUGGGUUGCAGUGUUCAAAGGGUUGGACCUGAUUGAUUAUUUCAAUUGUGUUUCAAAAGGGAGAAAAGUCCUUAAGUCGUGUUUUAUUUAUUUAUUUGAUUCCUUAUUGAACUGAACUACUUAAAAGGACAGAGAAUUAAAAGAAACUCAAAAUUGGAUAUAAGCAGUGUGUAUUUUCAUGUUCUAAGACGUGUUAUUCUAAGGAUACCCUGUUUUUGUGAUACAGCGUGAAAGAUGGUUUGUAUCUGCCUAAAGGAAAGACAUUUUAUGUGUCAAAGUGACAUUUAUUUAAGGUGUCAAACAGUGAUGUAUGAUAGCAUCUUCUGCAUAACGAUACAGAGAGGUGACACAUUUCAUCACAUUUAAGAAGAAAGAUAGACUGCCAUCUCUGCGGCUGUAACGAGAAGGUCUUAACCUUGAACACACACUGUUAACCUUGAAUGGUGUUGUUUUUAUCAAAUAAAAAUCUUUGAGAUUUCUGUAAGAUGAGUUUGUUUUUCACAUCUCUAAAUUAACUGUAUUUUGAUUUUGUUUAUAAUAAUUUUUUUUAACCUUGAAUGUUUCACAGUAAAAACACAGGGCGAGUAAGGGAAAAUGUGAUCAGGACAUGACUCUGGAAGGAUCUGAACCCAGGUCCCAAUGAUGAGUAUGAGUAUGUAUGCCAACAGCAUUCUGCUUCACAGCACCAAAUACAGACAGUUUAAGAAAUUUAAAGAGCUCAGAUGCCCGUGUUUUAUCAUACUCCUAAAGGUGCCAUAGAAUGUAAAACUUUUUUGCAGGUCCAUACUGAAAAAAACACAAACUUGCAACUCCAAUUGUUCCAUCCAUUUCCAAUCUACGUCUGUUUACUUACAGUUUUUCUCAAUUGCUAAAACACAAUUUCUGAAACCUUGCUCCUUUUUCUGAAAACAUUAAACACAAAACCUCAUCUUCAAGCACUAUUUGCAAAACCUCUGUUUCUCUUGCAAAAUGAAACUUUCGCCCCAAAACAGUUUUACCUGUGUGCAAAAUUAAACACUGUUCUGAAAACAGUUUUACCUGUGUGCAAAAUUAAACACUGUAAUCAAAACAGUUUUACCUGUGUUCAAAAUCAAACACUGCUCUCAAUUCAUAAACAAAGUGAUCAAAAUCAUAUACACUAUCAAACAGUGAGUAAACACUACACCAAAAAAUAGAAAACACAUGGUUUAAAACAUAUAGUUCUCAGGGAGUAAAUUUUUACAUAUUUACAGUGUAACCCUCAUUGUUUUGGACAUUGCAAAUGCUUUGAUACAAUCAAGCAGAUGAUUAUGUACAAAUGUCUGCUGUUUGCAUUUUCAAUUUAAUUUUCAUGAAAAUACAUUAUUCUGGUUUCCGUUGAAUAGUCUUACACCUCAAAACAUUUAGGAAUUAGUUCAUCGUGCAUAGCAUGGAAUUGUUGACCAAUUGUGUCAUAAUCUGUUACUGUAAGCAUGAAGCAGGUUUUCUAUGGGGUUUUUUUUUGUAAAUGUGAACUGAAUCGAUAAAUUCCUGUCAAGUGAAUCCUGAAAUUUGGAGUCAUUUUUUGAAUUUUUUUAUUUUUACUGUAAUUUUUUUCAAAAUCACAAUUUGUGUUAUUUGUUUACAGAAAAAAGGUGAAAAUGUAAAUUCAUCCACAGUUUACAUAAAAAAAUACUGACACAUAUAAUUGUGUACACUUGGUAUAUUGACAACAUGGCAACAUUUUGACUGUCUUGUUCAUGAACAAUGACACACAGAUUUGCCAUUUUGAUGGAACUGACAUGUUAACUAAUAUAAAAAUUUACUUUUGAGAGAUGAACUCAGACUUUUCACCCCUAGUUUUACAGUACUGUACCCUGCAUUUCACAAACUUGUCCUUUGUUUCUGUGAUACUGUAAAACUGUAAAGCAGUCAGUACUGUUAACAAAAGGAAAGCACAAUGUUCAGGGCAAAACAAUUUGUUCAUUGUACAGUAUACAGCCUAAAAUGCACUGUACUUCUGUAUACAACAGUGAACUGGCUUAUAUUGGUUGUGUCACAUCAUUUGAAACAGGUUAAAUCCAUUUUGAGUGGUUGUGUUUAAUCAAUGACAUGUGUGAUGACAUUUGUAAUUGAUUGUUGCCGGUUGUGUUUAGCAGUAUGCAUGACAUGUGCAUUUGAGUGCAGAUUGUGUUUUGAGAAUGAGUUUGUGUUUGGAGUUUUGCUAAAAAGUCUAAUUGAGAUCUGCAAAUUGUGUUUUACGAUGUGAAAUGGUUUAAGGUAUUGACAACAGACUGCACAAUUAGAUAAAUGAGUUCAGGCAACUGAGAACUUUGUUCAGCCCAAUGGGUUUUAGUGUUUUAGCAACUGAGAAAAACUGUAAUUUGAGCUCAGUGUUUCCCACAGGAUUUUAAGAGACUUGUGUCGGUGAUGACAUCAACGCUAAUUAGCAUAUACCUGAUUUACAUUUGAUCGAGUGUUGGCACCUGAAAUACAGGCAUGAAAAUGGGUCAGGGGUGAAAAAGGUGAGAAGAGUGCUCGAGGGGCGACGUGGCCUCUGAUGGGGCCGCAAGGUAAUAAAAUAAAUAUUACGGCCUCAUUAGGGGACACGCUGUAACUUAAAGGGGUCAUAGCAUGAAAAUGUUAGC